CAAUGCAAGACCGAUCGGUGCCCAUGCAAUCCCCAAAAUGCGCUGACAUAAUGUCGGGGCAGCGUGGGUGCGAGCAACUUUUUUUUGCCGAUGCUAUGAUGCCGCCCCCACCACGCUUCCGCCCUGGGCAAUGGCCCAUGUCGCCCAUAUCGAAACCAGCCAAUGUUAGGGAAGUAGGGAAGUAGGUAGGUGGGUGUGGUCACUGAUCACGAUUGUUGUUGGGUGUGGCUUGUUGACAUUCCUGGGACGACUCAGGACAAAUGCAGGGGACUCGAAUUAGGAAACAAAACAGAUGCGUCUGUCCCGGUUGAAGCACUGUUUUUCAGACGCUACGGGUUACCAGCAGAUCGCACUGAGCCAGGAUGGCAAAGACGGAAGGGCUCCUCUUCAGACAGCUGUUUGAGUCAGAGAGCAGCACGUACACCUACCUGCUUGCAGACACGAACACCAAGGAGGCUGUCAUCAUUGAUCCUGUGCUGGAGACCAUUGACCGGGACCUGAAGCUCAUAAAGGAACUUGGACUCAGUCUAACAGUGGCAGUUAACACCCACUGCCACGCAGACCACAUAACAAGCACUGGCCUGAUGAAGCAAAGAGUGGCUGGACUGAAGAGUGCCAUCUCCAAGUUCAGUGGUGCCACUGCUGACAUCCACUUAACAGAGGGAGACAAUAUCCCCUUUGGAAGACACUCUCUGACUGUGAAAGAGACACCAGGACACACUGAUGGGUGUAUAACCCUGGUAACUGGGGAUCAGAGCAUGGCUUUCACUGGUGACGCUCUCCUCAUUAGAGGCUGUGGAAGGACAGACUUCCAGCAGGGUUGUGCCAAAAAGCUAUACCAUUCAGUCCAUGAGAAGAUCUUCACCCUGCCUGAUGAGUGCCUCAUCUACCCAGCACAUGAUUACUUAGGGCAGACGGUUUCUACAGUGGGCGAGGAGCGCAAGUAUAACCCACGCUUGACUAAGAGCAUGGAGGAGUUUGUGGAGAUCAUGAACAACCUGAACCUCCCUAAGCCUAAAAAAAUAGAUAUUUCAGUGCCUGCUAAUCUAGUUUGUGGAGUGCACAGCAUUUGAAUGGAUGAAAAAGGCUUCUACUAAAGUCCUGAGCACCACCACAAAAUGAUUGAUAUUUACAUUUUAAUCGAAAUUGCUUAUCUCAGAGUGCUCUAUUGUGGUUCCCUGUGUAAAUGUAAAAGUUAAUUUUUGAACUGUUGUGAUUAUUUUUUGUUAAGCUACUUACAGUAUAUUUAAAAAAUGUAUAUUUAUGUUUAUUUUAGCUGUUUAUGAAUGCAUUUUAAAAAUGGUAAUAGUAUACUUUGUUAAUGGUGUAAAGUUGUUUACAUUUUUAUGUAAGUAGUUCAUUCAGCUGUGUUAUUGUGAAUUGGGAAGGAAAUUUAUGAGCAGGAAAACUGGGGUAGGAAUGUUCCAUUCAAGGUUUGAUUUAGUAUUCAUGAAUGCUUAACUGGGACAAAUGAGUUCUUCCACAUGGCCUUUUCAGUGGUUCCGGUCUCCCCUAGCCAAGGAUACGCAGGCAUGCACACACACUCUUUCAGUCUUGUGUAGGCAAUGGCUUUUUUGCAUAGCAGGGAACUAAAACUACACUAUUUGCAUUCACAAUCAAUAAAGGCAAGUUUUCCUUGCACAAUGUGCCAUU